AUGAAAAUAAAUUUUAUUUUUGCACUAGUAAUUGCUUUUGCAGUAGUUGCUUAUGCUGACCAUAGCUUUAUUGGUACGAUUGUUGAGUAGUAUGAUUAAGUAGAUUUUGCAUAAAAGACUGGUAUUGGUCUUGGAAAGAAAAAAAUGAAAGAAGAUUUUUUUGUAAUGUUCUAUGCCGGAUGGUGUCCUCACUGCCAAAGAUUUAUGCCUGUUUGGAUUGAAUUAAAAAAGGAUAAUAUGUAAGAUAAUUUUAUAGCAGUUCAUUGCCCUGAUAACCAUGAUUUAUGUGAGGCCUUCGGAGUGUAAGGAUACCCUACUCUUUUAUUAUUUAACUCUAAAGAGUAUAAGUAUUGUCAAUUUUCAGACAAAAGGGAUAAAGAAACUACAUUAUAAUUCUGGAAAAAGAAAUGCGAAGGAGCAGCUAUGAAGGAAAUUAAUUUUAGAGUUGACACUGACUUUGAAAGCGAGGAUGAAGAUGAGGAAAACGAAGAUGAAAUUUAAGAGGCAUCAGACUUAGAUGGUUCAAAAACUAUUGUGAAUAAGAAUAAAAAUAAAACAGAAGACCCUAAUUUAGAUGAAGAUGAAAAGAAGAAGGAUGUAAAGAAUUUUAGAGUUUAAAAGAACAAAGCAUAUUAAGAUAAAAUCAUGAAAUUUAAAGAUUAUUUUAAGAAACUUGGUCCUCUCACUGUUGUUAUGUUAAUAGGAUUAUGUAUUUUAUCUGUUACAUUUGUUUGCAAUAAGUGUUGCUCAUAUGAUUAAGAAGAUCCUUUUACAAAGACAGUGUUAAAAGGUGCUGAUAAAAAAUCUAAGUCUGGUUAUUAAAAGCAAAGCAAUAAUAGUUCAUACGUGUUAUGA